AGUUGAUUCAAACCAACCAGCCAAAAUGAUGAAGGGGUUUUCUUCUUCAUGUCUUGCUAACACACACAUGUUCUGUUCUUCUAUUCCUUUGAGCUUCUCCAACCACAACAACCUUGCCAUUUCAUCCGCUUUCCCAAGGAGCGUUGCCAAUUCAAAUACAAGAUUGUUUAUCCGCCACUCACAGCCAUUGUUUAUCCGCCACUCACAGUCAAACCACGCCUCAUGUUUGGUGGUGCAGUGUGCGAGUUCGAGGUUGGUGACAGAAUUGGAGAGAGAUCUGAAACUGGAAGAAGGAGAAGGAGAGGCAACUGGAAUAAUGAGGUACAGGCACAACUGCAGAGAAGGGAAGGGAGCGGUGGAGCUUUUGGAGUGUCUGGAAAGAGAGGCAAUCAUGGGUGCUGAUAUUGGGAAAGAGCCUAUGGAUUACAACCGAAGGGCUCAGAUAUUUGAAAGGAGCUCUACUGUGUUCCAAGCUCUCAGCCUCAGGGAAUUGGAUACUGCUAGUAGUGAUGAUGUUCUUUCUACACCAUAAAUAGCGUAGGAAACUUGAUUUGAUAUGAUUCUGCAUUUCUUGUUGAAAUAAGAAAAUAGUAAGUUUAACCUUGGAAAAUGUAUACCAGCAGAAAUUACAUUGGUGCAAUUUUAUAAGAUGGAAUAUGUAACAUUU